CCAGAUAUCAGAGGCCAUCCGUGAUGGGGCGGAGGGUUUCUUCCGCACACAAUACGGGACAAUUUCCCGUAUGGCCGUUGUCCUUGGGCUAAGUCUGUUCGGGAUUUAUAUGUUCAGACGGUCGACCCCGGAACAGGAAGCAGCCGGUCUCCAAAGAUUGACUCUCGCGGUCAUUACACUCCUGUCAUUUCUCCUUGGGGCAGUCUGCUCUGGCGUUGCUGGAUACGUGGGUAUGUGGGUCUCCGUGCGUGCGAACAGCCGAGUCGCAGGUGCAGCCCGGCGCUCUGCCAGGGAGGCACUUCAGGUUGCUCUUCGAGCUGGAGGCUUCUCUGCACUGGUGGUGAUAGGAAUGGUAGUGCUUGGCGUAUCUGUCCUUUAUUCCUCUUUAUUUGUUUACUUUGGAAUGGAUCAGCCAGGCGGCCUCAAGAUGACGGACUUGCCAUUGUUGCUUGUUGGCUAUGGCUUUGGGGCAUCAUUUGUGGCUCUUUUUGCUCAGCUUGGUGGUGGCAUUUAUACCAAAGCUGCGGAUGUUGGGGCUGACCUGGUUGGCAAGGUGGAGCAAGGAAUACCUGAAGAUGAUCCUAGGAAUCCUGCUGUGAUCGCAGACUUGGUGGGCGAUAAUGUGGGUGACUGUGCAGCCCGUGGAGCUGAUCUCUUUGAGAGCGUCGCUGCAGAAAUCAUCAGUGCAAUGAUUUUGGGAGGGACCAUGGCUAGAAAGUGCAAGAUUGAAGACCCUUCUGGGUUUGUAUUGUUUCCUUUAGUGGUGCAUUCCUUUGAUCUGAUCGUCUCAGCAAUCGGUAUCAUGUCGGUCAAAGGAACGAGAGGUGCGGGAUCAAAGACUCCUGUCGAAGAUCCAAUGGCAGUUCUGCAGAGAGGUUACUCCGUCGCCAUCCUCCUCGCUAUAGUUUCCUUUAUUGGGUCCACAAGGUGGCUUUUGUACUCUGAGCAAGCUCCACAAGCAUGGAUUCAUUUCAGCAUGUGUGGACUUGUCGGGAUUGCGACAGCGUAUGCUUUCGUUUGGAUCACACAGUACUACACUGAUUAUAAGUACCGGCCUGUGAGGAUUGUUGCUGAGGCCAGCACUACGGGGCAUGGGACAAAUAUCAUUGCAGGAGUGGGACUUGGAUUGGAGUCGACUGCGAUGCCUGUGCUGGUGAUUUCAACGGCCAUCCUUUCAGCAUAUUGGCUAGGGAGGACGUCAGGGAUGGUUGAUGACAUGGGUGAGGCAGCUGGGGGCCUCUUUGGCACAGCCAUUGCGACCAUGGGAAUGCUGAGUACAGCGGCGUAUGUGCUCACCAUGGAUAUGUUUGGCCCAAUUGCAGACAAUGCUGGUGGCAUUGUGGAGAUGAGUCAGCAGCCUGAGAGUGUUCGGGAGAUCACAGAUCUUCUUGAUGCGGUUGGCAACACAACGAAGGCAACUACAAAAGGUUUCUCCAUCGGGUCUGCAGCGCUUGCUGCCUUCCUUUUGUUCAGUGCAUACAUGGAUGAGGUAUCGAGCUUCACUGGCGUGAGCUUCCGAGAGGUCGACAUUGCCAUUCCUGAAGUCUGGCUUGGUGGGUUGCUGGGUGCAAUGCUCAUCUUCCUUUUCAGUGCCUGGUCAUGUGUAGCAGUAGGAAGAUCUGCACAAGCAGUGGUGAAUGAAGUCCGUCGGCAGUUCGUGGAGCGUCCGGGCAUCAUGACGUACCAAGCAAAACCUGAUUACGCACGAUGUGUAUCUAUUGUCGCAUCAUCAGCACUGCAAGAAAUGAUCAAGCCUGGUGUGCUUGCAGUUGGCUCACCCAUUGUGAUAGGUUUUCAGCUACAAGAUCAUCUUGGGUCAUGUCCCGGGCAGAUGAAUCGACAGCACCUGGGGAAGAUACUUGUCAUCUUUUCGAAUGUACGCGGAUAGACUUUGCCAGAUCUUAAUCAAUGCGGGACGGGCAAAUGGCAUUUGUACCCUGGGGAACAAGUAAAGGCAGGCCCAAGCA